GGUUAACUUAUUAGUUGUCAAAUUAUUUGAAUAGCAAAACAUUCCCUAAAAUAGGCAUAAAAUUAUUAAAUAAAAGUAAAAAUGAUUGAAUCGCCGCAUUACAACAAGAGUUGUUUAAUUUGUAAAAAAAGUGAUAGAGUGUUUUCAGUUUCGUAUCGCAGUGGUGUGUAUAGUGUAAAAGAUGAUAUUGCCGAAUUCAUGGGCCCAAAGGUAGAAUGUAUGUUAAAUGACGACGACGUUGUAUGUAAUAAUUGCAUGAAUAUCUUUUAUAAUAUAGCUAAUUUAAAACGUAAAAUAUAUUUUAUCAUAUGCCAACAAACAGAAUGCAAAAAAGAUGGAAUUGACAGUAAAUUUGAUAACAAGGCUUUUAAGUUUAGCAAUAUAUGGGAGUCGUUCAUUUCCAAUAUCAGUUUAAGCAUUCCUCAUGAUUGUGAGAGUCAAAUACCAUCACAAGACUUAUGGGUAGCAAGAUACUCAAUUCCUGUUAUAGAAGACACCUCAAGCCGUUUAAAUUAUCGGUCUGAUACACCUUAUGCUGAUAAAGAAGUAGAAAAAGUAUUACAGAAGCAGAAAAAACGACGAAAAAGAGGGAAAGGGAAAUUGUUUACACACAGAAAGGCUUCAAGACGAUCUAAAUCUGAGGGAGUCUUGGUGCCUUCUAGAGCCAGUACACUAUAUCACUUAGAUUAUUUAUCACCCUAUUAUGAUAGUUGCCAAUCUGAAACAAGUCGACCUACAUCUGCUUCUUCUUACCAGUCUUUAGUGAGACCCCAGUCUCGUUUGAGUACAGGGAGCGAUUUUGACGACGGUCUGAGAUAUGAAAACGGUUGUCUCAGGAACAAAAGAACAAGGUCUGUUAGCCGAGCUCAAAGUGAGCAAGUAAACAGAUUGGCUUUGAAAGAAAUAUACACUUGUAGUGAACAGCCUUGUGAUUCCGUUUUUUUUCCUACUCUCAAUGAUCUCACUCAACACAAAGUAGAUGUCCACCACAGAAUGGCCCUGUAUUAUUGCGAUGAAUGCAGGUCCAAAUAUACUACAGAGGAAGACUUGAGAAAGCACAAUAUUCUCUAUCACAGCUUCUUGCCAACAAAUUGUCCCUGCUGUUCAGAAGUACAGGCGAACACGAUUGAAUUGCAGGCUCAUUUACAAGAGCACCUUUUUCAUUCAGUACCUUGUAUAUAUUGUGAUAAGUCAUUUCUAACGAGACGAAAGUGUGACGAUCACGUAAAAGAAAUUCACAGGGGUAGAAAGAGACGAAUUCGUUUAAAAAGACCGCGUUCAAUCCUAGACAGAAUAGUUAAAGACAGUUUUUAUAGUGACACGGAGACGCCCUGUCAAGAAGUGCAAAGUAACGACGAAAAUCAGUUUAUUAGGGUCAGAAUUCAGAAAUGUGAUAAUAACGAGAAUGAGAACAGUUGCAGCUGUCUUAAACAUAAGUAGUAAAUGGUAUAAAAACUUUUUUAUUAUCAUUUGCUUUUUAUUUUUUUAUUUUCGUUCCUCAAGUUUUAUUUUAUCUUCAUUCAAAAGAUAAGCCCAAACUCAAACGUUAUAAGGUAAUAAGGGUAAGCUAGAUAUCUGACUGUAUUUUUUGGAUAAAUAGACAACUAUCAAGCUAGUGAAAUUUUAAUUCAAUUAAUACCUGAGGUAUUCUUGAAAAAUACCUAUAAAAAGAGCAUUUAAAUGCAAAUUGGUUCUUUUGUUUAUAAAAAAUUGUGACAUCAAGAAGAAAGUUUUCUCUAUUAAAUACAUAUUAAAUCUUUAUUAAUAUCAAGUUUCUGAAACUUUCAGUGUUUUAGUAUUUUGAUGAUAGCUGUUUAUCUUAAAAAUACCAGUGAAAUGUCGAACCGGGACUGAUUUCCUAUAGCCUUUUCAAUUAUCCGUAUGUUUAUUUUAAUAAUAUCGAAAUAAAGACUGAAUUCAUUUUUAAUUAUAGGUAAUUCAUCCAAAGACAUAAUUAAAACCAAAAUAAACUGAUUGUAACGUCGAAUUAAAAGUGUUUACUUACGAUUAGUGUAAUAAUAUAAUAAAUUUAUGAUAGCAAUCUAAACAGUUAAACGCAAUUGUUACUAAAAUCAUUAUAUUAUAUAAGUAAUUAUAAAACUCCCAGUAUUUUAAAUAGGGCGAUUCAAACAAAGAUAAUGCUUCAAUGUUUCUCUACAAGGCAAUUACUUUUUAUCCUGUUUUAACAUGAAUAUCUAAU